AUGAAUCUGUUGAGUUUGUUGGAGAGAACUCAUGCUCGUCCUUUCUCAUUCUCCAAGGCUGCCAUUCUCAUAGUCUUGUCUCUAUUGGUAUCGAAUACUGCCGGGGAUGCCUCGUAUUAUGAUAUUUUGGGAGUUUCCAAGACAUCCUCUCAAUACGAAAUCCAGAAGGCAUACCGUAAACUAGCGCUGCAGCAUCAUCCAGACAAGGGUGGAAUGGGAGAAGAAUUUCAGAAAAUCAACAAGGCGUGCGAGGUUUUGUCAGAUAAGAAGAAAAGGGAAAUUUAUGACACUUAUGGGGAAGAAGGAGAUAAUGUUUCGGCGCCUGAGCAAGAAGAAGAUCCUCGACCACCCAACGACAAGAAGGAAUACACCAGAAAGGUCUCUUGCACUCUGGAAGAGUUGGCCACUGGUGCCUGCAAAAGGCUCAAGCUGAAUUUUGGGCCUGCAUUGGGGGAGAAACUAUAUUCUAUACAACUGCGAAAGGGAUGGAAGGCCGGUACCAAGAUUACCUUUGCUGGCAAGAAUGGAUUCCCAACCAUAGAAGGAGAUAUUGCUCUAAACGUUUUAUUGCCGACUGGCGAAGUAUGGAAGAAAUCCAUUGCCAAGAAGUUCACGAGUGCUCGCAAAAAUCUGGUGGUUCGAAAGAGAGGCAUGCCCAUCAAAGGAGAGCCUGGUGCUCGCGGAGAUUUGAUAGUCGAGUUUUGA